AUAAGCAUUCCUACUUCAGCCCAAGUCAGUGUCGUUCCUCAUUCAGGGAGGUUUCAGUACACCCUGGACAACAACCUCCUCACCAUGGAGCAGAGGCAGUUCUAUGAGGACAAUGGGUAUCUGGUCAUCAGGAAACUUGUUUCUGACAGAGACAUCGAGCGCUUCAGGAAGGAGUUCACGAGGAUCUGUAAAAAGGAGGUGAACCCACCAGGAGCUAUGAUCAUGAAGGACGAGUCCCUGAAGUCCCAGUUUGGCCAGUCUGAAAAGGUGGUGAACAAAGUGCAGGACUUCCAGGAGGACCAGGAGCUGUUCAGAUACUGCACUCUGCCGGAGGUCCUCAAGUAUGUUGAGUGCUUCACAGGACCAAACAUCAUGGCCAUGCACACCAUGCUGAUCAAUAAGCUGCCAGAUUCUGACAAACAGACCUUUCUCCACCCCAUGCAUCAGGACCUGCACUACUUCCCGUUCCGGCCCGCGGAGCUCAUCGUCUGCGCCUGGACCGCCAUGGAGAGAGCUGACCAGGACAACGGCUGCCUCGUGGUGCAGCCUGGCACACACAGGAGCACCCUGAAGCCCCACGGCUAUCCCAAGUGGGAGGGCAAAACCAACAAACUUUUCCAUGGGCUGCUGGAUGAGGACGAGAAGACUCCCAAGGUUCACCUUGUCAUGGAGAAGGGAGACACAGUGUUUUUCCACCCCCUGCUAAUCCACGGCUCUGGGAUAAACAGGACCUCGGGUUUCCGGAAGAGCAUAAGCUGCCACUUUGCCAGCUCAGAAUGCCACUACAUUGAUGUCAAGAACACGACUCAGGAGCACCUGGAGAAAGAGCUGGAAGAGAUGGUUCGCAAGAAGUACAACGCGACUUCCGUGGAGCUCAAG